GCCACGGCAGUGCGGCGUGGUGUCGCGGUCGCCCGACCCGUAUCCAGACACUUUCCCGCGUUUUGAGUUCACAAUUCCGCGAAACGCGAUCGAGCAAGAAAACUUUUCGCGGGUAUACUCAAAAAAAAAAAUGGAUGCAACAUAGUUCCAUAUAGCAGAGCUUGUGAAAAUGAACAGUAAAGUGAAAUUGAAAAUGAUAGAACAGUGAGUUAUUAGUAAUGGCGUGUAAAAGACUGAUCUUCGUUUGGGCGGUCUGGCUCGCGUUGCCCCUGGCAACGGGCCAUCUCAACGUACUUAUCAGUCAAGCUGAAGUUAUGAAACUUUUAGGCCUAGAUGCAGAAUUGUACUACGUGAGAGAAGGCGUUGUUAACAACUACGCUACAAGCUUCGUAGUGCCCGUGCCGGCCCAUAUUGCGGACUUGGAGUUUAUGUGGCAGGCUUUGGGAAGAAAACCGCUUCCAUACGUGAUGGGUAUAGACUAUGACGUCAGGGCGGCGAGGAGCGCCAUGCUGCCGCCGCAAGUUAAUAUCUCGGAGAGAGGCUUCGUUCCGACAACGUUGCAGACUUUUCGUGUGCGCCUCCCUUGCACGGGCGUCGUAAGCGAAGAGAUUCUAGUCACAAUACAAUUGAAUAUCUCGUCCGCGGAUCGCGCGAACAAAGAUGUUCGAUUGUUAUUCAAGCGGAAUAAAAUCUGCUUAGCUGGCGUAUCAACAAUAGUAACGCGCAACGAAACCGCGCGUCUCGCGGGCGACGCCACCCACAAUACGGGCGGCAUCCUCUUCGCCGCGGGCGGCUGUGCUGCGGCGGCGUUGGCUUUGCUGGCUGGUGCGGCGGCGGCGGGCACGUUGUACAAGCGAGGCAAUAAGGCGCGUCAUCAUGAUUCUAUACAUACGUCAUACACGACAGCCGCAUAUGGAAGUCACCAGAACGUUCUGCUGCGACUCGACACUCUCGGCCGCCCGCCCAGCUCCACUGGCUCUUAUGCUACCAUCGCCAGCCUCCACAAAUUCCCCUUUGGCAGCAGAAGAUCACCAUCCCCAUAUGCGACGACCCACAUUGGCGAGCACGUGUACGCCAAACCUGACUCCCGAGUUUCAUACUACGCGGCUUCCAACUUGACGCAUGUAUCACAGCAAACAAUAACAAAGGAACGCGUGACGGACCCGGCGGAACAGCUGCGGCUACUCACCACUCCGCGGUCUAACAUUCGUUUGGAGAUACUGGUCCAUGAAGGCACCUUUGGAAGAGUGUAUAAGGGUGUGUUUAAACGGGGAGACACGUACGAAGAAGUGCUUGUUAAGACUGUAUCAGACGCGGCAUCAGCAAUGCAAGCCGCAUUACUCGUGGCGGAGGGUUUGAGAUUCUUCGGCUUGGUGCACGCCAAUGUUCUGUCUCCGAUGGCCGCCUGUGCGGAGGAGGCGAGGAAACCGUUGCUAGUGUAUUGCUGUGUAUCGCACUCUUCUAAUCUUAAGAGAUACCUGACGUCGUGCCGCGUGGGCCAGCAAGCCGCGCCCGCCACCCGCGAGCUGGUGGAGCUGGGCGCGCAGAUCGCGUGCGGGCUCGCCUUCUUGCACUUGCAUAGGAUCGUACACGCCGAUGUAGCUGCUAGGAAUUGCAUAGUGGACGAGAAGUUAAGACUGAAACUGACUGACACGGGGCUGUCCCGGGAUCUGUUCCCGGACGACUACCACUGCCUCGGCGACAACGAGAACCGGCCCGUCAAGUGGAUGGCGCCGGAGUCUCUGUUGCACAACCAAUAUACUACCGCGUCUGAUGUGUGGUCACUGGGAGUGACCCUGUGGGAGCUGUCGACGCUGGGCGCCAGCCCGCUGUGCGAGCUGGACGCGGGCGACGUGGGCGCGUUCCUCGCGGGCGGCUACCGGCCCGCGCAGCCGCACAGCUGCCCCGACGAGCUGUACGGCCUAAUGUGCUGGUGCUGGACAAUGGCGGCAGCUGCACGUCCACUCGCGCCGCAACUACUCGCCGCCCUUCAUGACUUUAGACAGGCCCUUAGCACCUAUAUAUAAAUUGACCUUUCCUAUAUCUAACUUUAUAACCCUUAGCUUUCCUAUUGUGAUGUAAACGAUAAUUCUGAAUUGAACGCAAUUUUUGAAGAUCCAUUUGUAAUUUUCUCAAUUUUCUUAGUUUUCUGAACACGUGCUCAAUAGAUUUUAUAUACAAUUUAUUAUUUAAUUUUACACAAAGAAAAAUAUAAGUCGGAACGGAAUACAUAUUUUAUAGGACAUUUUUGGAAUAGUAAUUAAGAUCAAAAGACUUGUAGUUACAAUUAACUUGUAAUAGACUUGUAAUUUAUUUGGAGGGGUGGCUGGCUCUCUGAAAUUAUUUUGUAUGUAAAAUCUAUUGAGUACAUUUAUUAUUUGAGUCUCCAAUUACUGAAAUGUUAACAUAGAGACGACAUACUUCUGAUCUUGAAAACUAAUAAUCUUUAUAAUAAGGCUCUUUGAUCUUAGUCACAUAAUUUCAGUAUUUAAUGAUAUAGAUAAUUACUCAAUCCGACUGAUAUUAUAAACGCAAAGUUUGCAAGAAUGGAUGGAUGGAUGAAUGUAUGGACGUUUGGUAUUCUUUCACGUGAAAACAGCUUGUCGUAUCUGUAUGAAAUUUAGUACAUAAAUUAUAGUCUGGAUUAGCACAUAAUAUACUACAUUAUAUCCUAUAUAUUUAUAUAAAAAGUAGAAUAUGCCACUCUAAGCUGCUAGCUAUCUCCACAAAAAUAUCACAAAAUGGCUCCGUUACAACGUAAAAGAGAGACAAAC